GACAGAACAAUGAAACGGCAAGUACUGUUGUUAAUCUCCAUCUUCUGCCUCAGCUCUGUGGUUGGGCAGGUCAGCUACUCAAUCCCGGAGGAAAUGGCCAAAGGCUCUUUGGUCGGUAACAUAGCACAAGAUUUAGGUUUAGAUGUCAAACGGCUUAAGUCUGGCAAAGCUCGUAUUUAUACGGGAGACAGUGUUCAGUAUAUCGAGCUGAACAGAGAAAGAGGAGUCCUCCUUAUCAAAGAAAAAAUAGACCGCGAAGCGCUCUGCAGACAGACAACGCCUUGCGCUUUGCAUUUUCAAAUUACACUCGAGAAUCCACUAGAAUUAUUUCCAGUUAAUGUAGAAAUUACCGAUAUUAACGACAACGCUCCCGUUUUCCAAAAAGAGGAGAGACGGUUUGAAAUAAGCGAGUCAGCGGUCAUCGGCUCUAAAUUCAUGCUAGAGAAAGCAAUAGACCCUGACAUCGGACUGAAUGGUCUUCAGAGAUACACUCUGAAACGGAGUGACAAUUUUGUGCUCAAACUGCAAACUCAGUCUGAUGGAAGCAAAAAGGUGGAAAUGAUUUUACAAAAGCCGCUGGACCGGGAGAAACAAGAACACAUAUCUUUAGUUUUGACAGCGGAGGAUGGAGGAGAACCACAAAUGACUGGAACGAUGCAGAUUCAUGUUACUGUGCUGGAUGUAAACGACAAUGCCCCUGUUUUUAGUAAAGCCGUUUACAAAGCAAGCAUUACUGAAAACUCCGCAAUAGGAACACUUGUUACAAAGGUCAGUGCCUCUGAUGCAGACAAAGGCUCAAAUGGAGAGGUGAUCUACGUCAUCGGGAAUGGCAUGAAUACUGUUGCAAAGUUAUUUCACAUUAAUAGUGAAGGAGAUGUGAUACUAGAUGGUCCAAUAGACUAUGAAAAAGAAAAGAAUUAUCACAUCGAUAUAGAGGCGAUUGAUCAAGGCGGUCUCUCGGAUUCAAGUAAGAUCAUAAUUGACGUAAUUGACGUAAAUGACAAUAGCCCGAUUGUAAAUAUGAUAUCAACAUCAGGCUCAGUUCCGGAGGAUUCAGCACACAAAACAGUUAUAGCCUUAAUGAGUGUAAAUGAUCCUGAUUCCGAAACCAAUGGAAAAGUCAACUGUGUGAUUAAUGAAAAUAUCCCAUUUGAAAUUAAAUCAACAUCAAAUAAUUUCUAUAGUUUAGUGACAGACAGUGAUUUAGACAGAGAG